AGUUUUUUUGAAACCAUUUUUGCGUAGUUGAUAAAAAAUUCUGUUUGAAAAAAUAAUUGAAAAUCGCAACAAUUUUGCAAAAAAGAUGUUUCGCCAGUAUUAGUUACAGAACAGUAUUUUACACAGGUUUUUUACAGGUAAAAAAUUGUUUUAACGUUUCCGAUUCUUUAAGUCCAAUUCAAUACGAACAGAGAGGAUUUAUUGCAAGUAGCUUCAUUGUCCUUAACAGAUUACAAGAUUCCCCCCAAAAAGUUAUGCGCUGGCUUUUUUGUUUUGUUUUUGUUGUGGAGUGGAGCGUUGGUCGCUGUAGCACUGGAGAAUGUCCGUUUUUCCCAAACGCACCACAGCGUGAUAAAAGUUGUUACGAAACACCUAACUGCAAUAUUGAUUCUCAAUGCAAGAACAACGAAAAAUGUUGUGAAAAUCCCUGUGGCAUAACGCAAUGCUUUAGUGUUGAUUCGAAAAAAGAUUUAGAAAAAUGUCCAUUACAAAAUCCAUCUUCUUUGAAAUGUCAAGAUGUUCGAACAAAGUUUUGCUACAUAAAAUCUUGUACAAGAUGUUGUUAUCAUCAAAAGUCUUGCAAUCCAGCCCCUGCACUGUUGACAGAACCUUCAAAUUGUCAUAAAGAAAUUUGUGCAAACUAUCAAUGUUUGCAGCAAGGGUCUCAAUGUUUUGUCGAUGAAGCAACAAAUAAACCUCAAUGCAAAUGUAAUGAACAUUGCAACAAUACACGAAGCUAUGUGUGUGGAAAAGAUUCAUCAAAAUCGGUUACUUACAUUAAUUUAUGUCAUUUGGAUAAAGAAGCAUGUCAAAAAGAAAUUAAAAUAUCUGUUGAGAAUCAAGGAAGAUGCAAGGUUCAGCAAACAUUAGAUAUUCAGUUGCGUCCACCAAGUGUCAAGUCAAAGUUUAUUAGAGCAGACCUCAGUGAAAAUAUUUUAGUGUACUGCUAUGGAGACCACAAAGUUGUUCAUUUGUCUUGGGUUCAAAUUCGCCAAGACGUUGAAAUAUUAAUGACUGAUAUAUUUGUUCUUAAUUUUGGGGUUUAUCUAAUUGACGGAAAGGAAAGAAGAGUUUCGGGUUUACAAUUAAAACAAAUUACAUCAUCAAUGUAUGCCAAAUAUGCUUGCAUUCAAACUUUCAACAAUACCCAGCUCAGAGAUGAGGUGAUUAUUUUACCAAAACAUCAAGAAGCAUUUGAUAAAAGAAUGUGUGCUCUAGAGCUAAACUCUGGUUUAAAUAUUAAUGAAGAAUAUUUUCCAAAUUAUUUUUACAAUACCACAAGUGGAAUCUGCAAUCUUUUUUAUUACACUGGGUUUGAGGGAAAUGAAAACAACUUUCAAACACUUGAAGAAUGUCAAACAAAAUGCCAAGGCAAAAAACCCACAUUUCAGCAAGAGUUAGUCCAUGAGGGCGAAAAGUGUGGUACCGAAGUUUGUGACUUCUAUUCAAAAUGUGAACAAACUUCUCAUAGUAAUAAAUGCAUUUGCCCAAAUCAAUGUUCGCUAAAGAAAAAUUUAGUUUGUGCUUCUGAUGGAAAAACAUAUGUGAAUAUUUGUAUGAUGCAGUUUUAUGCAUGCAGGUGGAGAAAACCUUUGGUACCUCUUUAUGCUGGAAAAUGUGACGAAGCCAUAUCUGAACUUGAAAUGAGUUCACUGCAAGACAAGACGUUGUGUGACUUAAAAAAUUGUCCGCCCUCAGCAAAAUGCAUAAUUAAUACUUUAACAAAAGCUCCUCAAUGUUAUUGCGAAAAUGUUUGCACGUUCAACGUGGACAUAAUAUGUGCAUCGGACAACCGGCAAUAUUUAAAUAAGUGCUUUAUGGAUGCUCAGUCUUGCAAAACUAAAAAAGCUCUUUCCGUUAGAAAUUAUGGGCUAUGUAAUAUUUUAGGGAAAAAUCGUUAGAAAAUAUGGCCAUGAUACUUUCAAAGAGUAUUAUCUUAUUGCGAACGCAUUUAAUUCCUUUUUCAAGCCAGAGUUUGUGCUUCUUUGGAUCAAAAUCAAUUAUAAAUAAUAAAUAUCAUACGACCUUACUGAAUAAACUUCGUCAUAAAAAGUAUUUAUGAAAUCGAAGAAAAUAAAGCAGUUUUACCGGCAGUUGGUUUAUCUACUACGAUAAAAACCAUAUCAAUAGAGGCUUAAUUAUUUGUAAAGAAAUUGAUUUAAUAUUAUUAAAUAAUUAAAUAUAAGAAAGAA